UCAUAUCAUAACUCUCAACUCAAGUGUUCAAAGUAGAUGGAGGAGAGUGAGUGACAGAACCCAAAACCAAACCAAAGCAGCAGACAAAAGCUUCAACCUUCUUCAUGUCUCCGUUCGAAUCUCCAACAUCCCCAAUUCAAUAACCCAAAACCCUAUAAUCUUAAAAAAACAAUGUCUUGGCUCUUCAAAUCUCUUCAAUUUCAAUCCCAAGAAUCGGAUUCCUCUUCCCAGCCGGAGCAACAUGACGAUGGAGAAGGUAGUCCCUCGAAUCGCGGGGGUGUGAAAGAGGACCUGUCGGUCAUCGGAGAGACUAUCGGCCGCCAGCUGAGGGGGGUGGCCGCCUUCCUCGCUCCUCCACCAUCCUUAUUGCCGUCCGAACAAGAGGGACAACAACCGCCGGAAUCAUCGUCUUCCCCGCGGCAGGCUUUGCUUGGGAUCCGCGACGAUCUCGCUGAAAUCGGCGGUAGCUUCAAGAGCGGGCUGUCGCUUCUCUCGAGCAACAAAGCGGUCACUGGGAUCUCUAAGUUUGCCUCCGACUUCUUGCAGUUUCAGAACCAAGAAGAUGAAGAUGAGGAUUAUGUUCCAGGGGUCACACAUGAGGUUAUUGAGUUUGUGAAUGAGAUAUCUGCGCGGCCAGAGUGUUGGACCGAUUUCCCUUUACCACUGAAUGAUCAUGAUUUUAGAGUUUCUGAUGCUCAAAGGGAGCAUGUCUCAGCUGUUGAACGUUUGGUUCCUAGUUUCACAGAUCUUAGAAUUAAUCUUCAAAAUUUCAUGGGAGAGGAACAAUUUUUGAUGAUAUAUUUUAUACUGCUGCUUCCAAGACUGAAUGAACAUGAAUGUGAGCUUCUGUCAUCCCCCCAGAUAGUUGAAACAAGAAACAUACUUCUCCAGAAUAUCAAGAACAAGAGGAAUGCAGAGGCUGGGAGCUCAGGUGGCUCUAGAAAUUUUAUAUCUCAAGAGGAGACCAAGGAGGGUCAGACUCAACUACGUACAGGCUCCGAGGAAAAGGAGCUUGUAGAAAUUGUCAAGGAGGGUGAGAGUCAGAAACAUAUUGACUCUGAGGAAAAGGAGCUUGCGGAAAUUGUGAAUGGAACAGAAAGGAUAGAAAUUGGUAAUCAACAGAAGAGUGACCAGAGGUUAGAAGAAGCAGGUAUUGAUGCAGGCACUGCUGUGAACCUUGAGGAAAAGCUUGAAUAUGAUGAGGAUGUCUCAUUCAGUGAUUUGGAGGACGAUGAAAAUGACCUUCCUACCCGAUCAUCAGCUCUCAGGCCAGCACAGGACAGUAGCUCUUCACCAGCUAGAUCAAGUGACUGGGUCCAGCUAAAUGAAAGGUCUGAAGCUUUGGGUGUGGUGCAGAAAGUUAGCCGUUCAAGUUCUCAAGAUAAAGAUUCAGAGGAUGAGGCAAACGACUGGCUUAGAGUGGAUGAUUUUGACUAGCUUCCUGGCUGUUUGGUUGCUUAUUAUUUUUGCUGUAAAGUUUCAUUUUCUAUCUUCUUUUAAAUCAAUAAAUCGUUGGAUCCUGCCCAACAAAAACAAUGUCUUAUUUUAUAUUUGUACAUACCAAGUCAAAAUCACUAAAAUUAUUCCAAGUUGAGAAAGUUGAUCUGCUAUAUUUAAUCUUAA